CACCGUCCUGGGGGCGUGGCCUCCGCGGAUGAAGACAACAAAGGGUCUUGGGUCGCUAACCAGCGGCAGGCGGCGGUGUUCCAGUCUUCCUCGUUCGGCUUAGCUGAGGGGUGUCGGCCUCCCGCCAGUCCCGCUCCAGAUGAAGUGUGAGCACUGCACACGGAAGGAAUGUAGUAAAAAAUCAAAAACUGAUGACCAGGAGAAUGUGUCCACUGAUGCAUCAAGUCCAGUCCAGGAGAAUGAAGAGAAGGGAGAAUUCCAUAAGUUGGCAGAUGCUAAGAUAUUUCUGAGUGACUGCCUGGCAUGUGACAGCUGUGUGACUGUGGAGGAAGGAGUCCAGCUUUCCCAGCAGAGUGCCAAGGAAUUCUUCCAUGUCUUGAAUCUUAAUAAGAAAUGUGACACCUCCAAGCACAGAGUGCUGGUUGUGUCUGUUUGUCCUCAGUCCCUGCCUUAUUUUGCUGCUAAAUUCAACCUCAGUGUCACCGAUGCAUCCAGAAGACUCUGUGGCUUCCUGAAAAGUCUUGGGGUGCACUAUGUAUUUGACACCACAAUUGCGGCAGAUUUCAGCAUCCUGGAGACUCAGAAGGAAUUUGUACACCGGUACCACCGACACAGUGAGGAGCAGCGUGAACUGCCCAUGUUGACCUCUGCCUGUCCUGGUUGGGUCAGAUAUGCUGAGCGGGUAUUGGGUCCCCCAGUCAUCCCACAUCUCUGCACUGCCAAGUCUCCCCAGCAGGUCAUGGGCUCCUUGGUGAAGGAUUACUUUGCUAGAAAGCAGAAUCUGUCUCCAGAGAAAAUUUUCCAUGUUGUCGUGGCUCCAUGCUAUGAUAAGAAGCUGGAAGCUCUUCGGGAAGGACUUUCCACCACUCUGAAUGGUGCCAGGGGCACUGACUGUGUGCUGACAUCAGGUGAAAUUGCUCAGAUAAUGGAGCAAAGUGACCUCUCUGUGAAGGACACUGCUGUGGAUACUUUGUUUGGAGACAUGAAGGAGGUGGCAGUACGGCGUCACGAUGGAGUGAGCUCAGAUGGGCAUCUGGCCCACGUCUUCAGACAUGCAGCCAGAGAGUUGUUUGGCGAGCACGUGGAGGAGAUCACCUACCGUGCACUAAGAAACAAAGACUUCCAUGAGGUCACCCUUGAGAAGAACGGGGAGGUCUUACUGCGUUUUGCUGCAGCGUAUGGCUUUCGCAAUAUCCAGAACAUGAUCCUGAAGCUCAAGAAGGGCAAAUUCCCUUAUCACUUUGUGGAGGUCCUCGCAUGUCCCAGAGGAUGCUUAAAUGGCAGAGGCCAAGCCCAGACAGAGGACGGCCACACAGACCGUGAACUGCUGCAGCAAAUGGAAGGAAUCUACUCCGGCAUCCCUGUGCGGCCCCCAGAGAGCAGUGCACAUGUGCAGGAGUUGUACCAGGAGUGGCUGGAGGGUACCGAGUCCCCCAAAGUCCAGGAGGUGCUGCACACCACAUACCAGAGCUUGGAGCCCCGCACAGACAGCUUGGAUAUCAAGUGGUGACAGAGCCGGGAGGGCAGGAGGGGGCAGCACUGAGUGGAGAGCAGUGGAUGUUUCACGAACAACGGAUCACUCCGCAGCGUGCAGCUUCACGUGGUGCUACCUUUGUAGUGUGUGAGGGAGUGGAAUAUUUUCACAUGGAAAAAGCAUUUUUCCUCUCUGAGUAUCCUUUUAGCCCAAGAUUGUGAGAAAGACCCCAAAGAUGAGGCCAGGGACACACCCCUGUCUUUCAGGGGUUUUGUUUGUUUGUUUGUUUUGUUUUGUUUUUUAAAGAAUCCAAAAUGUAUUCAUUUUUUUGUUUGUUUUUGUUUUUCAAGAAAGGAUUUCUCUGUGUUGCUCUGGCUGUCCUAAGACUUACUCUGUAGACCAAGCUGGCCUCAAACUCACAGAGAUCUACCCGCCUCUGCCUCUCAAGUGUUAGGAUUAAAGGCGGCUCCAAGUGCUAGGAUUAAAGGUCUGUUCCACCACCACCCAGCUCAAAAUGUGUUCUUAAAGACUUAAGCCCCUGGAGUUGUGAUCCAUGAACUUCAGAGUAUUGCUGCCGAAAUGGAAGGGCCAGGCUGCUCUAUGGUGGAUAACUAUGGUUUCUACACAGGCCCAGUCGUCCUACCCAGGUUGGCUCUUUUACUUGUACACAUUUUUGAAAAUAAUUUUGAAUUCUAGGGCCAGCAAGAUGGCUUAUUGGUAACAACCUUAGUUUGACAAUCUUAGUUUGAUCCCUGGACCCCAUGUGGUGGAAGGAGAGACCACCUACCGUAAGUUAUCCUCUGACUUCCACAGGCACCGUGCCUGUCAGCACCAGCUUUGAGGUAGAUUCACUUCAUAGCAGGGGAAAGGCUGAUGAGAACGACAGAUAUCCGCUGAGUGGAACACUUGUUUAACAUAUAUGAGGACCUGAUUUGAGUUAUUUUAAAAUAAAUGAGUAGAGAAUUAAGAGGGUAGCCUACUUAAACUUUGGGGUUCUAAGGGAGGUCCAGCUCAUCGAUUACCCUCAUGGGGCAGGAAGAUGGAGCUGAGGCUCCAUGGACCCUUGAACGGGUCAAACAGCGUUCUAAUGUCUAGCAUCUUCCAAACUCUCCCCCAGAGCCCUUUGGCAUAAACAGGACUUUUUAUGUAGGUUCUCAUACACAAGGGCCUGGCUUUGUGGGGCUCAGGUCCACAAAGCCCCACUGUUCUGUGGCACCAUCCCUUUAGCCCUCACUACUGCCGAUAGAAAGGGGAAACAGUGUAUCCACACGGAGAAGUAGCAGCCCAGUGGCUACUUCUGCACAAUCACUUGACACGUGCUAGAGUUCAUCCAGGAGGUAAUGCCUGAAGAAACCCACGGGCAGUUGGGAUUUUGCUCAUGUAUGUGGUUGCCUUGACUCCUCAGUGCUGUCGGCUUUGGUUUGGUUUGUGACUCCUGUGAGCCUGUCUAGGAACAUAACUGAGUAUGUUGUAAACAAUAGUUCUCAACUUGUGGCUCUCAACUCCCCAACAGGGGUUGCAUAUCAGAUAUCCUGCAUAUCAUAUAUGUGUAUUAUGAUUCAUAACUGUAGCAAUAUUACAGUUAUGAAUUAGCUGUGGAAAUAAUUUUAUGGUUGGGCAUCAGGACAACGUGAGGAACUGUAUUAAAGGGUUGCAGCCUUAGGAAUGUUGAGAAUCACUGUUGUAAAUUAUAAUCUUUUGCCUUCAGUCUA